GUCAGUGUCAGUCAACCAGUCAGCUGUCAAUUUCUAUUGGAUCUAGUCUUUGUUUUUCUCUCUCUUGUAUUUUCGAAAAGGAAAAAGGCUGAAUUAGUUAAUUCUGUAAACAUGGUAGACGACUUGAGGAAAUAUUUGAACCAUCUACUUGAAAAGGUAAAUGGACUUCACUGUAUUUUGAUUACUGACCGUGAUGGGGUGCCGCUGGUGAGGUCGGUGACGGAGCGCGCGCCACAGCUUGCCUUGCGACCGAACUUCAUCUCCACCUUCGGCAUGGCGACCGACCAAGCUAGCAAACUGGGACUGGGCCGCAACAAGACUAUCAUAUCAAUGUAUUCGAGUUAUCAGGUGAUACAAAUGAACAAACUGCCUUUAGUAAUAACCUUUAUUGGUAGUGACAACUGCAACACUGGCCAUAUACUAUCCCUCGAGAGCCAAAUAGAACCGUUCCUGAAGGACUUAGCAGCCAUUGUGGCUGAGACACCAUAAACCUAGAAUUUGUUUAUAUUUUUAUAUCUGUUUUUUGUAUGUUUUCAAGAUGUAAAUAAUGCUAGGUAUAAGGAGGAUUCUAGUAUAAAAAUAUAUUACUAUAUUGUCUCAUUAAGGCCCGAUUCGACCAAACUCUUAUUCAAGAAUAACUCAAUCACAGAAUAAAUCGUCACUUUUGACAUAUUUCCCAUACUGAAACUGUCAGUGUGCCAGUUAUACCAAGAGUUAUUCUAGGAUAAAAGUUUGGUCGAAUUGGGCCUUAAUCUAUUAAUAGAAAUAACUAAAAUAUUAUUUGGAUCAUAUGCCAAUAUAACACUGAAGUUAAUUGUAAAUUUAGUAUGCUAAAUCCAAGAUGCUAAGACACACCUGAAUUAGAUUAAGUAAUUCCCCAGCUCAUUAAUUUAUGAUUUAAUUAUUUUGAAACUUGUUUAAGUGUAAAAUAACACUUUUGUGGCCUUCUAUUGAAAUAUUCUGCAAAAUCUCUACAGUAUAUUGAGAGUUCAGAAUCUUUAGUGUGUCUUUAACUAGAUUCAACUGUAAAGUUGAUUUAUAAACACUUGAAAAUUCUUAGUGAAAUGUUAGUUUCUUAAAAGAUAACAAGUUGUUUGAACAUAACGAAAAAUUUAUAGAUAAUAUUGAUUUUAACUGUCCAUAUAAUAAAUACCCCCAUGUAACUUGUAAAUACACACAAGAUAUUAUGUUAUUAUAAAAUGGGAUUAAAUAAAUGUAACAUAAUUAAAAACCAAUUUAUAUUUGCUGUGUAUUUUAUUGAUUACUCUAUCUUUUGAACAAUUCUUUUGGUUCAUCCAUAAGAGAUAACUUUAAAACAUAAUAUCUUAAUGAGUAGGUAUUCUUUAUAAACUGAAAUCAAAUCAAUUUUAAGAGUAAUAAUACAAUCUAAAGUGUUUUCUAUCUUAUCAUAUUCAAAGUACUCUCAAUAUUUAUCAUUAGGUGUCUUUUUCAACUCAUUGUAAAGUAGUAAAGUUUAAAAAAACACUAACACCUACAACUCGAUACCUAGUGAUAGAGAUAAUUUAUUAUCUUUUAUUUAUUAGUUUAGGUGGUAGGAGAUGCUAUAAUAUUUAAU